AUGAUGUACAAUGACAAUAAAGUUAUUCUAUUCUGUCCUAAAGAAGGGGUCAUGCACAACAAUAGGCUGUUAACCUGCCUUUUCUCACUGACCGCUCCUUGCCGUCUCCAACAGGUCCUGCGACCCCUUCGUCCCAGGUGGUGGGACCCCGACAUGGCAGCCGCCCAAGGCCACUCCGCCGCCCCCAGCGCAGCCCCUUCGUCCUCCUGGCUGUGGGAGGCGCUGGCCAGUGGGUUCCUCUCCUGCCCCAUCUGCCUGGAGCGCUUCAGCCGGCCCAAGAUCCUGCCCUGCCUCCACACUUACUGCCAGGGCUGCCUGGAGACACUGCUGGACGGGCGGGCGGAGGAGGAAGCGGAGGAGGCGGCCGAGGAGGAGGCGGAUGCGCAGACGCUGCGCUGCCCCGAGUGCCGCGUCCGGGUGCCCCUCCCGGCCGGAGGGGUGGCCGCCCUCAAGACCAACUUCUUCAUCAACGGGCUGCUGGACCUGGCCUGCCCCGCAGGGAGGGCGCCCUCCUCCCCCGCCUGCGCCCUGUGCCCCCUCAUCGGGCAGGAGCCCCCCCGGCCGGCCUCCUCGCACUGCCUGGACUGUGCCGACGACAUGUGCCCGUCCUGUGCUGGGGGGCACCGCUGCUCCCGGCUGACGCACAACCACCGCGUGGUGGACAUGGAGGGAUACCUCUCAGGGCGCUACGACCGGGAGGUGCGGGAGCGGCAGGCCUCCCGCUGCAAGAAGCACUCUGGGGAGGAGCUGCGCUUCUUCUGCGACCGUUGCGCGGCCCCGCUUUGCCGGGAGUGCCGCCUGGGCCCUCACCUGCAGCAUCCCUGCCGGACCCUGGCCGAAGCGGCCGAGGAGCGCCGCCUGGCAGUCGAAGAGCUCCUGGGGAAGGUCGAGGCGGUGGCACGUCGCUUGGCCACAGACAGGGCCGGCCUGGAAGCCGCGGUGGAGGGGCUGGAGGCCGGCCAGGCCAGGAUCCGGACCCGGGUGGAAGAGGCCUGUUCGCGGGCGGUGGCCUGGCUGCUGUCCCAGCGGGAGGAGGUGCUGGCCCGCCUUUCAGAGCACGUGGAGGAGCGGAGGAAGGCCUGGGCGGCCCUGCGCUCGGAGCUGGAGCUGCAGGAGCAGGUGGCCUCCAGCACAGCGGCCUUCGCCCGGAGGGUCCUGACCCAGGGCCAAGGGGUGGAGGUCCUCUCCCUGGAGCAACUGGUCUCUGAGCGGCUGAAGGAGCUCCAGGAGGGACACUCCGAUGAGACGCUGCAGAUCCGGCUGCCCCGGCUGGAGAUUGACCUGGCGGACCUGGAGGGAGGCCGCAGCCCCUUCCGCCUAGAGGAAGAGGGAGAGGAAGAAGAAGAGGAGGAGGAGCUCAGCAGAGCAGAGAAGAAGAGGAGGAAGAAGAAGACGAAGAAGCAGCAGCAGCAGCAAGAGCCCCAGACUGGGGGAGAGGCUCCCAAAGCCCCCAGCCCAGAAAAGCCCUCCAGUCAAGAGGUCCUACCUGCAGCUCCCAGCCGUGCGGCCCCCAAGGCCUUCUUCUCCUGCAGCUUCUGGGCCAAGACCCCCACGGACAAGCGGCGCCCGCAGGUGACCGGCCUGUGCCCCUUUGGCCCUGGGGAGCUUCUGGUGGCCGACGAGACGAACGGGCAGCUGAAGCGCUUCUCCUUGCAGGGGGAGUUCAGGGGGACGGUGCCGGUCCCCGAGGGGGUGGCGCCUUUCAGCGUGGCCGCCCUGGGCAGCAAGGUGGCCUUCACGGCCGGCUCCCGGCUCUUCCUCCUGGACGGCCAUGGGGGGCUGGCCUGGGAGAAGGCGCUGCCAAAAGGUCAGGCCAACCAUGCCAUGGCGGCCUUGGGGAGCGACCGCCUGGCGGUCAGCGUAACUGGGCACGUGGAGCUCUACAACCUGGAAGGGCAGCAGGUGGGCAAGGUCCGGCCGGGGGGCUCUGCCAGGCACUGCCUGGUCUUCCUGGCCAGGCGUGAGGGGGGCUUUGUGGGGUCAGACUGGCACUAUAACAGCGUGGUGCUCUUUGCAGAGAAUGGGGGGCUGGUGGCCGAGUGCCAGGAGAGGCAGCUGGGGGGCUGCCAGCCGGGGUCUGUUUGCACCGACCCUCGGGGCACUGUCUAUGUGGUCUUGAGGGAGCUUAACCGGGUGCUGGCCCUUUCCCCGGCCGGGGAGGUGCUCGGGGACUUCCUGACGGCCGAGAACGGCAUUGACCGGCCCCGCAUGGCCACCGUGGCUGGGGAUGGGCGCUUGGCGGUGGCCCUCUGCAACGGGACCAUCCACGUCUUUAAGAUCAGGUACUAGGGCAAGAGAACUGGGGGUGGAGAGGGUGGGAUAAGAAAGGGGUUGUUUUGGGGAGAGAUCCAUGGGAGGGGAGUGUUGAGGCUCAGGGUCCAAACAUCUCUAGUCCAGCGGUUCUCAAAGUGUGCUCCGUGGGGCCCUUGGGACUCGGCAAAGCAUCCACACUUUUUUCCUCCUCCUCCCCCAAGCUUUUCUCCUGGCUCUCUCUCUUUUAAUGAGUUUAUUGAUCAGAUGAACAUACAGUGAGCUUUUGCAAAAGAAAGAAGCCCCACGCCUGCUCUUGGGCCGAGCUUCUAUUUAUAUUGCCAGUCUUAACUUUCGUUUCCCAAGAAACUUUUCCCUAUUUGUGAGCAUGCGCCAUAAUGUCAUCUUUCUUGCUGGAGCAUACCUAUCGCAGCCCAUUAUGUCAGUGUUAGCUAAUUAGCCUCCUCGUUUAUUCCCGUCCCUUAUGAGAAGAUUUAUGCACUUUAAUCCCCGCUACCUUCCCCUGUGCUGAGCUUUGAAGUCUUUAGCAAAACAACCAGUUCAAUCUGUUCUUUUGAAGCUCUGUGCUGGGUUGUGUCUUAUUACUAUAUUUUAAGCUGAAUUGAAUGUUGCCGGAGUUGUAAGCCGCCUUGAGUGCCCCGUGGGGUGAGAAAGGCGGGGUAUAAAUGAAGUAAAUACAGUAGAGUCUCGCUUAUCCAACCUUCGCUUAUCCAACGUUCUGGAUUAUCCAACGCAGUCUACCUUUUAGCAGUCAAUGUUUUUGUAGUCAAUGUUUUCAAUACAUUGGGAUGUUUUGGUGCUAAAUUCGUAAGUGCAGUAAUUACUACAUAACAUUACCGUGUAUUGAACUGCUUUUUCUGUUGAUUUAUUGUAAAACAUGAUGUUUUGGUGCUUAAUUUGUGAAAUCAUAACGUAAUUUGACAUUUACAAAUGUUUCAAAACUCAUUGCAAAAUUAGGGGGCGCUGGUGUUUCAUUUCUGAAGUGUUUCUAAAGUCUCAUUAGUGAAAUGUUAUGACUAUAACGAGAGUAAUGAAAUUUUGUUACUUUUUCGUUCUGCUAAUUGCUCAAGUGGAGGAACUUCAGGGGCUUUUUUCUCCCUCAUUUUUACAGCUAUUGGGCUGAAGCUUGCUGCAAUUGUAGAACACAUUGACCACUGUGAGCCCAUCAAGUUUCAGAACAUUUCACUUAUCCAUGGAUUUUUGGAAAAUUUUCACAGUUUUUAUUAACAACCUUUUUAAUGUAUAAAAACACUACAAGAGCGAUCUCCUUAAAUUUUCUCCGCAGUGGCACAGGAUAACAGGGGAUCAUUCCCCCCAAAUUUUUGGAUUUUUAAAAAAGUUAUGACAAAAAAGCUUCUUUAAAAAGGGCACAAGAGCUAUGUCCUUGAAUGUCCCUCUCUCAUGUUAACCAACAGAACUUCCAUGGAGGGAUGUCUUCCCAGCUGAGCACAGAGAUUGACUACCUAGAAGUCUCAGCCAGACCUCCUUUUUGUAGACUCAACCGUCCAUGGGAACUCUGGCUGUGACGUAGGGACACAUUGCCCAAAGGCUUGGUCCCUUGGUCAAUGAAUGAGGGGGGCUGUUGCGAUGGAGGGCCGGGCUUUAGCACAGCUGGGAAAUCACCAACAGCAAUAAGAUCUACCAACCCAAAGGUGGCCAGUUCGAAGCCCGGGUCUGGGUGAGCACCCAACGGUCAGCCCAGCUCACUGUUUACCUAAGUAAUUCAAAAAUUUAGAGCUGUAAGUAGAAAAAUUAGGUAGCACUAAAAAGCCGGGGAGGUAUUUUACAACAUCAUGAUAAAAAAAAGACCAGAAAUGCCGGUGACCAAAAGGAAGGAGGAAGUUCUUAUGGCUCUUUGUCAUAGGGAAGGGAACAACAGCGCCCCCCUGUGGCUGAAUCCGAGCACAACCUCCAAGGUGCCAAAGCUGGAUUUCAAGGCAACAUACCUCCUUUCUGUCUGUUCUGUCCUGUCUGUCCAAAUGGCAUUAAAUGUUUGCCAUGUAUGUGUAUAGUGAUCCGCCCUGAGUCCCCUUGGGCAGAUAGGGCGGAAUAUAUAUAAAGUGUUGUUAUUAUUAUAUUGUUAUUAUCUCCCCUAUUCUGAUGUGAACAGAAUUCUGGAAAAUGUAGUUGAGAGCAGGGCCUAUUGCUUUCUCUGCCAUAGGGCUCUUCGCCUUCCCAAACUACAUUUCCCAGAACCCUGUGCUUUCUCCAUCUCUUUCCCAGCAAACUUGGCUUUCUCCCUGCUUCUUCCCUCUUCUAAAAGUGAGAGGCAAUUCAUUUAAAGAGGAAUGUCAGCCUUUUUGGCUUUGCUUUGCUUCCUUGCGCUGAAAAUAAAACUGACUUUGGAAGGCUUCCCAGGUUUACAAAAUUCAAACGAAAAAGUAUUGCGUAAGUUUCGAUUCUUGCAUCUCAGGUACAAAUUUAACCAAUUGGAUCCGACUCGUGACGUGUAAUGAAAAAUCUGCACACCUCUAAUAUAUGAAUCGCUCUAGGGAUUUGCCUUGGAAUGUGUGACUUUUAAAUAAUGGUUUUAAGAUUUAUAUGUUUUAAUUAUGUGAUUUUAAAGUAAUUAUUAUUUGUCAAAAAAAACGGUUAAUUUGAGACACAUUCACCUUCCGUCUCAAUUUGACUUCUCCUUCGGCGAUCUGGCCAUCUGCACAGUCACACAGAAAUAAACGCACACUUCCCAGCUGUCGGCUGAAACCAGCGGCUCUUGUCUUUAUUGAAGUAACAUACACUAUUUACAUAGUCUUGCUGGAGCAUAGCAUUCAAGCACCCGACCUUGAUAUUUUACCCUAUAUUAUGUAUGUUUGGCAUCUAUUUGUGCCUGUUGUGAGCCGCCCUGAGUCCCUUCAAGGUGAGAAGGAUGGGACAUAAAUGAAGUAAGUGUCGCAGCUAGCAAAUUGGGUUCCAAACUCUCAACCCCUUCUGCGGAAGUUGCACCCUUGUCCAAGGAGAAAAACCUCAAAACAAACUGUCCUUUGGUAAAGAAAGAUUUAUAUAAACAAAACAUACAAAACACAGUCCUUUGCUUUUAUCAGCAGCAAAAACAAAGCUUUCUUAUCUUCAAGCUUUAACCUUUGUGGUUUCUGGACUCUCCGUCUUCAAACCUCUUCAAACCUCUCUUCGGUUCUCCUUCAGUAGCUUUUCAGCAGCAAUACCAUCUUUGCCACCAUCACAGCAUCUUCAUAUUCACCUUCUCUCCUCUCACUCUACAACAACACCACAACAACACUAACACAAGACUUACUCAGACUCUAUUAAUAGCCCUCAAUCUUAAGCAGGUGUCUUAAUUGCUGCUGGUCAAACAUAGAUGGGACAUGAUUCUUGCAAACACUUAUUCAUUUUCACAUAAGAAAUGACCCAAAUAAUAUAAAACUCUGACAGUAAGUAAAUAAAUAAAUUGCAGCCUC